AUGUGUCAGAUCUUAGCAAGGGGGCGUUUCGCUACACCCUCGCCCUCGCUUUUGUCCGCCGCCCACGUCUUCUCUCGUCGUUGUCGCUUGCCCCCGACACCCACUCCUUCCCCCGUCGCUCACUCUCUUUCCGCCGUCACCCUCGCUUUCCCCCGCCGCCCUCUCCUUCUCCCGUCGUUCUCGUUUGCCCCCGUCAUCCACUCUUUCCCCCGUCGCACUCGCUUUCCCCCGUCGCCUUUGGCUUUCCCCCGUCGUCCUUGCUUCCCCCGUCGCCCUCGCUUUCCCCCGUCGUCAUUGAUUUCCCCCGUCUCUCUCGCUCUCCCCCGCCGCCCACUCCUUUCCCCGUCUCUCUCGCUUUCCCCCGCCGCCCACUCCUUCUCUCGUCGUUCUCGUUUGCCCCCGUCACCCACUCUUUCCCCCGUCGCACACGCUUUCCCCCGUCGCACUCGCUUUCCCCCGUCGUCAUUGAUUUCCCUCGUCUCUCUCACUCUCCCCCGCCGCCCACUCCUUUCCCCGUCCUCUCGCUUUCCCCCGCCGCCCACUCCUUCUCCCGUCGUUCUCGUUUGCCCCCGUCACCCACUCUUUCCCCCGUCGCCCUCGCUUUCCCCCGUCGCCCUUGGCUUUCCCCCGUCGUCCUUGCUUCCCCCGUCGCCCUCGCUUUCCCCCGUCGUCAUUGCUUUCCCCCGUCUCUCUCGCUCUCCCCCGCCGCCCACUCCUUUCCCCGUCUCUCUCGCUUUCCCCCGCCGCCCACUCCUUCUCUCGUUGUUCUCGUUUGCCCCCGUCACCCACUCUUUCCCCCGUCGCACACGCUUUCCCCCGUCGCACUCGCUUUCGCCCGUCGUCAUUGAUUUCCCUCGUCUCUCUCACUCUCCCCCGCCGCCCACUCCUUUCCCCGUCCUCUCGCUUUCCCCCGCCACCCACUCCUUCUCCCGUCGUUCUCGUUUGCCCCCGUCACCCACUCUUUCCCCCGUCGCACACGCUUUCCCCCGUCGCACUCGCUUUCCCCCGUCGUCAUUGAUUUCCCUCGUCUCUCUCACUCUCCCCCGCCGCCCACUCCUUUCCCCGUCUCUCUCGCUUUCCCCCGCCGCCCACUCCUUCUCCCGUCGUUCUCGUUUGCCCCCGUCACCCACUCUUUCCCCCGUCGCACACGCUUUCCCCCGUCGCACUCGCUUUCCCCCGUCGUCAUUGAUUUCCCUCGUCUCUCUCACUCUCCCCCGCCGCCCACUCCUUUCCCCGUCCUCUCGCUUUCCCCCGCCGCCCACUCCUUCUCCCGUCGUUCUCGUUUGCCCCCGUCACCCACUCUUUCCCCCGUCGCCCUCGCUUUCCCCCGUCGCCUUUGGCUUUCCCCCGUCGUCCUUGCUUCCCCCGUCGCCCUCGCUUUCCCCCGUCGUCAUUGCUUUCCCCCGUCUCUCUCGCUCUCCCCCGCCGCCCACUCCUUUCCCCGUCUCUCUCGCUUUCCCCCGCCGCCCACUCCUUCUCUCGUUGUUCUCGUUUGCCCCCGUCACCCACUCUUUCCCCCGUCGCACACGCUUUCCCCCGUCGCACUCGCUUUCGCCCGUCGUCAUUGAUUUCCCUCGUCUCUCUCACUCUCCCCCGCCGCCCACUCCUUUCCCCGUCCUCUCGCUUUCCCCCGCCGCCCACUCCUUCUCCCGUCGUUCUCGUUUGCCCCCGUCACCCACUCUUUCCCCCGUCGCACACGCUUUCUCCCGUCGCACUCGCUUUCCCCCGUCGUCAUUGAUUUCCCUCGUCUCUCUCACUCUCCCCCGCCGCCCACUCCUUUCCCCGUCUCUCUCGCUUUCCCCCGCCGCCCACUCCUUCUCCCGUCGUUCUCGUUUGCCCCCGUCACCCACUCUUUCCCCCGUCGCCCUCGCUUUCCCCCGUCGCCUUUGGCUUUCCCCCGUCGUCCUUGCUUCCCCUGUCGCCCUCGCUUUCCCCCGUCGUCAUUGCUUUCCCCCGUCUCUCUCGCUCUCCCCCGCCGCCCACUCCUUUCCCCGUCUCUCUCACUUUCCCCCGCCGCCCACUCCUUCUCUCAUCGUUCUCGUUUGCCCCCGUCACCCACCCUUUCCCCCGUCGCACUCGCUUUCCCCCGUCGCCUCUGGCUUUCCCCUCUCGCCCUCCCCUUCCCCACCCGCCUUUUCUUGA